CAGCCUCCCCAACUGAACCUGAAUUUCUGCUUGCGCGCCAUUCGAGGUGAUUGUUUGGAGGACAGAUACUAGAAGAAGAAGUGUAUCUCAUCAAGAAGUGGUUGACUGUAAAGGUGAUAAACAUUGUAAAAGAGACCUCCAGCUUUUGAACACCACACUGUCUUACCUACUGGCCUUCCACCCUACGCACACAAAGAUAGAGAACCACAGAAUGUUACCUCUUCGUCUACCCCUGUUGUUCAUAUUGGUCAGUGUGGCCCUGUGCCAGUUUGAUGAUUACGACUACCAGCCUGUUUCCAUGCUUGGGCCCUCAGGGCCUAACUGUCAUCAAGAAUGCGACUGCCCAUUCAACUUCCCCACCGCAAUGUAUUGUGACAGCCGCAAGCUCAAGUUUUUUCCAGUUGUCCCAACAGGAAUCAAGUACCUGUACCUUCAGAACAACCUCAUAGAAGAGAUCAAGCGAGGAGUGUUCGAUAAUGUUACCGAUACCCUUCGCUGGCUGGUACUUGACAACAAUCAGAUUACAAAUGCUAAAAUAGAAGGCACAAUCGACAAACUCAGUGCUCUGGAGAAGUUAUUCUUCAGCAACAACAACCUGACAGAGCCAGUCAUCCCUCCCUCAAAAUCCCUUGACGAGCUGAAGAUUAUGCACAACCAGUUGUCCAAAUUCCCUUCUGGACUGUUGACUGACAAGGAGAACUUGACCUCCGUCAAUCUUCAGUACAAUCAGCUAACCUCUGAUGCCAUCGGGGGGGCAUUUAAAGGGCCAAAGAAAAUGCUGUCCCUGGAUGUGAGCCAUAACAAGCUGAAGAAACUGCCGGCUGGAGUCCCCGGUUCACUGGAAAUCCUCUACGCAGACUACAACGAAAUUGACAGUGUUGGAGCGGGGUACCUGGGCAAAGUUCCCUUGCUGCAGUCCCUGAGGAUCUCGCACAACAAACUGGUGGACUCAGGAAUCCCUGCAGGAGUGUUCAACGUGACUUCACUGGUGGAGCUGGAUCUGUCGUUCAACCAAUUGAAGUCCAUCCCUGAGAUCAACGAGAAUCUGGAGCAACUCUACCUCCAGGCCAACGAGAUUGAGAAGUUUGACCUGACAAGUUUUUGCAAGUAUGUUUCGAGCACAAGCUUUUCCCACCUGAAGCAUCUGCGUCUGGACGCUAACAUUGUCACUCAAAGCAGCAUGCCCCCUGAGUCCUCCAACUGCCUGCGCAUAGCUUCCGAUGUCAUAUUUGAAUAAGGACCUCCCUCAAAUCGAUGCACUUUCCAUGACCCCCUUCUCCACUACGGUGACACAGAUCAGCCCAAAGGCUUCUGGAUUAAAGUUAUGUAAUAUCGGUAAUGUCAUCUUCAUCAUAUGAAUUCAUAUCUUGAAUUAUUCAAGAGCUGGGCAAAUUUGAGAUACAGUAGAUGGCAAUACAAGCGAUCAACAAUUUUGCAACAUAUCUCACCAAACAUGCAAUAAAAUGUUUGGAUUCAUAAAGCAUCAUACAAGCAUUUUGGAUAUUUGGCUCAAGGUAUGUUAGUGUUCAAAUCAACAUUAAAGGUAUAAAACAGAGGGGGAAAAUGUAUAUAUAUAUAGAAAUUAGAGGAUUGAAAGUUUUAUGAAUAAAAAUGUAUUCAUUGACUUUGAUAAUAAACACACACUUCACACAUUCCAAACUUAAAUUUGGUGAUAUUGAAUACAGACACAAUGGAGAAAUCAAUGGCUCCAAUGUCUCAUUUCAGUCGUCAAUCGUGAUUUUGUUGUCUGUCUUGUAUGUUCCAAUGAUAAGCAUAUAUAAUACAUUGUGGGUACAAUAAUGAAUCCAUUGCUGUGCAAAGGACCAGUAAAUAAAGGACUGCGUUCUCAGAUUCAAAUGUAUAAUGCCAGAUGUAAGAAAUUAUGAAUAAAUGCAAAGAGCCGUCACAUAGUAGUCACAUUUGAAAACAACUUUCAUAGAUCAAAUUGGUUUUAAGAAAAAUACCAUUAGUCGUGUCUGCUUUCUUCAUAAAUGGUGUAUUUGCAGAAAUACCAUGUUUUCCGAAUGAUUGACUUCUUUGAGCUAUAAAACAAAAACAAAUAGAUAAUUAUACCAAACCAAGAAACAUCCUAAAUGCCACAUUAAGGUAAAUAGUGUACUUAGUCUUAAAGAGAAGAAUAAAGGAGACAUGAUUAAAAGACGUUGGUACUAACCUUGAAACUACUUACUCAGUUCAAUCUUGAGAUGAUAAUGUAGGAGGUUUUCUGGAAAUCACGAGUCAAAUGUUUCUUAACGUUACUUAAUUUCUAGCUGUCUAUUUUCAUGUGCAUUGCUGAUUUGUAUACAUUUGCAUUACCUGCAUGCAACCAAUGGUACCAUUCUUUUAUAAUAAACUACAGCUUUUGCAGUUAAGGCACUCUCAUUGUUACGUUGUUGUUCACCAUGUUUUAAAACUGCUUCCUACCAAUACAACGUCCACUUGGCAGCAGUUUCAUGUGGGUUGAUGUUAUAACAAUAAUGUUUUUUUUUAAGUGAUUUCUUUUGUGGCCUUUGACUUGGUAACCGCUCUUGGAUUUGCUGUGAGGAAACCAAACAGAGUUCAAUAAACUAUGUUUCCAA